AUGAGGUUCACCGUUCCAGAACGGUACUCAGAAAGCUCAGAACCCCUUUACAUCUAUUGGUUUAAGAAUGUACACAAACGUUACUACUUGAAAUGGAUCAACAUCUGGGUACUAGGAGUUCUGAUGAUCAGCAACGACUCAAGGCAGAGACCGGAUCCUACCAAUUUUAAGCUGAUCGGGGAUAUCAACAAUGGCAACUGCUCCUUCAGCAUUGACAAUGCCCAGCUUGAAAACACGGGACGGUACUACAUGAGAAUUGAUAAAGGAGAAGCAUAUAGGCAUACAUUUCUACCAUCUCUUAAUCCCCAAAUUGUGGUGACAGAUAUGAAGAAGCCGGUGAUUUGGAAACCAUCUUCCAUCAUCUGGGGGGAAACCAUCAACUUUAGCUGUGUGGCAUCAAAUUGCUGCUUGAAACCCAAGCCUCAAAUCAUCUGGUCCUCCAAAUCCAGCGAUUGGAAUAUCUCUAAAUGGGGCAAGCAGAUCAGCGAUGGGACCUGGACCUAUGGAGCCAACGUCAGCUUCGUACCCAUUUUAGCUAACGAAGGCCUAACCCUCACUUAUAGCCCUCAGAUCAUGGCCAUCCAUAUUUGUAAGUAUGACGACAAUAGCACCACUACUGUUUGCUCUUGUGCCUUCCAUUCUUGGCCCCCACCAGAUAUCCAGUGGUACAUGAACCAUCAACAUUUAACCAAGGAAAAGAUCUCUGGCGAUGCAGCCAUGAACGUCUCUUAUUGCCUCAGCAAUGUAACCGCGGUGGAAGAAGUCAUGCGCCAUAUCGCGAUCGUCACCAAUGUGAUCAUCUUGGUUUUGGGCAUUUCAGGCAACGGGCUGGUCAUGUGGAUCAUAGUUACACGAAAGAAACACAAAACAUUCACCUCCAUCUGCUAUUUCAACCUGGCUGUGGCCGACUUCCUAUUCUCCAUGGGCCGCAUCCCUGCCCUUGUGCAAGAGAUCAUGUACCAGCAAUGGCCCUUCGGCCUCGCGCUUUGCAAGGUCCACAGCUUUGUCCGCUAUCUCACCACCUUCACUAGCGUCUUUGUCCUCACUGUUAUCAGCCUUUAUCGAUGUCUGAUGGUAGUAAAGCCUGUGUGGGCCCGAAACCACCAAAGUCCUCGUUUUCAAACCCUGAUGUGCAUUGGAGCAUGGACCCUUGCUCUGUUCUUCAGCCUCCCUUACCUGGUAGUCCGCACGAUCGAAGUCAGAAACGGUGCCUCCUGUUGCAUCUAUCACAAGUCUCUCAAAACCUCGACCGAACUGCCCCUGAGAAUGAGCAGGUUCUUCGGCGGGUUCCUCCUGCCCUUCACCAUCAUCUCUACAGCUUACUCCAUUCUGCUUUGCAAGCUUCGUGAACGGCGCUGGAAGGGUUGCCACCGCACCAUCAGCCUGGUGGCUGCCAUUGUCGCCCUUUUCUUCAUCUGCUGGCUGCCCCACCACGUCUUCGUGCUGCUGAACACCAUUUGGACCAAAAAUGCCCUUUGGGGAAUUGCGCUCAAGGUUUCCAAUGCGUUGGCAUACUUGCACAGCUGCAUCAACCCAGUGCUCUAUGGCUUUGUGGGCUACAUCCGGAGCAGGGGCCUUCGCCGCCGAGCUUCCUUCUUGGGACUUUUCCGCAAGGCCCUCAUUGAAGAGGACACGUCGUUUGCGACAGAAGCAUCAGAGAAUCUUAAUCAGAAGACUUAA